CUUGCUUCCUGUAGAAUAAAAAUUUGAUCCAAGUGAAUUAAUGGACAAAGUGGCACAAUAUGAGCGCGUUUUCAAUCACUUUGAUGCAAAUGGAGAUGGCAAAAUAUCACCUUUGGAGCUACAACAAUGUGUCAGGGCAAUCGGCGGAGAGAUGUCGUUGACAGAGGCAGAGGUGGCAGUGGAGCACCUGGACUCAGACGGUGAUGGGCUGCUGGGUUUGGAUGACUUUGUCAAGUUUGUUGACGGCGGAAGAGAAGAAGAGAAGGUGAAUGAUUUGAAGGAGGCGUUUAACAUGUACGUGAUGGAUGAUGGGUGUGGGUUUAGUUGCAUUACACCCAAGAGCCUUAAGAGGAUGCUGAGUAGACUUGGAGAGUCCAAGAGCGUUGAUGACUGCAAGGUCAUGAUUUCCAGAUUUGAUCUCAAUGGUGAUGGGGUCCUCAAUUUUGAUGAGUUUAAGGUCAUGAUGUUGUGAUCCAUGCAGUAGUACUAUGGUUACCUUUCCCGUGUCUGGGAUUAGAUUAGAUUGGAUAAUCGACCAUAUUUAUGUAGUGUGUGUAUAUAUAUAUAUGUUUUUAUGUUUUUGCUUA